AUGGCUUCCCGACCACCCAAUUUUCUCCGCUAUCUCCGUCUGCAAACAGCUCGAAACACUAGAUCGCAUGCGUCGCGCCGAAAUAUUUCCACUCCCUCUCCUCCACAUCCACCAAAACCGUUACAGCCGAGCUCCAAUGACUCUCGUUCUCGCCUACGCCGGUUUAAUGACCGUCUUCCUCGCUUUCUCCGCACAUACACGACACCCUUACUUGGAGCGCCGGUCACCCAUAUCACAUCAUUCCUGAUACUUCACGAAAUUACUGCCAUUCUUCCCCUAUUUGGGUUGGUUGGCGCAUUUCACUACGGAGUCUGGAUGCCGGAUCUUGCAUCGCAGACAGGCGAGACCAAUUCCUUCGACGAAGGAGCUGCACGUUUCGGGCGCUGGCUGAAAAAGAAAGGUUGGGUGGAUGAGGCCGAUGUGAAUACUGUUGCGGGACACGAAACCACUGGGGAGAAAACAGUGGACCGAGCAGGAGUUCGAUUGGUGCUAGAAUUUGCCACGGCCUAUGCGAUCACGAAAGCUUUGCUGCCAGCCCGGUUAGCAGCGAGUGUAUGGGCGACACCCUGGUUUGCAAGGACGGUGUUUGCACCUACAGCAAACCUAGCUAGGAGGCUUUUCGGUAGAAGAUGA